AUGUUGAGAACAGUAUUAGGUACUUCCAAGCAUAGCCGAGCAUUCAGAAGAGCCAUGGCCCUAGAGCUUCGUCCCUUGCGCUCAUACUCAGUCGAGCAACCACCCCCACAGCCAAUCACGGAAACAAAAUUCGCUGCAGUCAAAGAAUACAUGAAAAGAGUGCAAACAGAGGAUACACAUGAAUCCGAAAAGGUUUUAAAGCUUUUUAGAAAGAUGGGAGCCAUUUCUAUUGUCGUGGUAUUGGCAUCUAUUGGAUAUGCUGCGUAUGACCAGUCAUAUAAUGGUAACACACAAAUUGUUGAAGAACAACAGGUCAUCAAAUUGCCUGACUUGACACAGGAUAUAAGAUAUCAAAAGAGAGGAGAUGAAAAGUAG